AUGUUGUCUUGCAGGUAUUCAUGCUUUUAUAAUCACGUAUGCUCUCUGUGGAUAUCAUUUGGUGUCUAUGUUACCGGAGUUCUCUUCCAAACAGUAACUUUUGUUUCAUUCCUGCUCAUUUCUUAUGGAUACUGUAUAACGUGUGAGCGUCUUUCAAUACAAGAGCGCCGCAUGACAGCUGCUCUCGGAUCUAUUUUCUACUUGACUCUUGUCGGCUACAGAGCUUCUGUACCCUAUUUCUCUGUACUUCUCACACUUAGCUAUUUCAUUUCAUUUUAUGUAAUAUUCAACCACAUAUCACAGAACUUAGUAGUUCUGCAAGAACAAUUGACCUUUAUAGAAGAUGAGGAAAUCCCUGCAAUGCAUGAAGCAAUCUACACAAAGUACAUAAUGCUCAAAAAAUUUCAAAAUGCAAUGUUUAUGAUGGCAGUGGCAGAACUGGCGAUUCUGAUAAAUGUGGACAAUUCAAUACAUAACUACUGGCUCCGAUUGUUGGUUCGAGAAUGGGCACAGUUCUCUAUACUCUCUUACAUUGGGUGGACCUUCAGAUCAAAAGACUUGGCACCACGCUUUUCUGUUAUGCCUGUAAUAAAGUCUAUUGGAGAGAGAAUGGUGCCUCCCAUCUAUAGCAUUGAAAUGGAUGCAACUACUUUUAGAGACUUUAGUAGUCAUGGAUGGCACAUAGGGGUGCCAACUUCAUCCAAGAAAGGAAGCUUAAAAAGUUCAGUUUUAGUGGUAGUUCAGCACCCCCAUAUGUGUAGGUUGACACCACUUGACACUCAUUCUCAUAGAGUAGCUUAGCUACUUAUGCUGCAGAUGUAUAUUAUUCAAUUGUUGCCAAUCGGAACAGAAGCAAGCUUUCGGAUGUGGCAGAUCAACAUCCAUCAACUAUAGGAGCAGUAUUACGACCAGUAUUUUCUGUAAAUCCUUGUACACAUUUCUUCUGAGGAAACCUCAGAAGUUUUCGGCUGUAAACUGUGCAUUGUUCCCUGGGUAUUGCCUGCUUCAGGUAUAUCCAUUUUUGGUGGUAGAAAGCUUUUGCUUUGCUGCAAAGUGCAAACACACUGUUCCUCUAGUUUGCAGCUUUAUACUUAGUUCCUUAUUUUCGUUACUGCUAUUAUAGUUUCUGUGAAAAGAAAGGAACAUUGACUGAUUCAAGUAAUGAAUAUUCCUCAAGUAUCUGGA